AAAGUUCUCUCUCUACCAAAACGUACCAGAGCAAAAAGCGAAGAAGAAUGAUGCCCAGGACCGUCCAAGGGGCAAAAGCAAAGCACAUAUAGAAAGAAAGGAAGAAUAUGUAGCACCAAGCAAACAAACAAGUCCUGGAAUUUUAAAUAUGCUCUUCCAACUAAUACAAAGCCACCAGCCAAAAAUCCUCAAAAGCACCACCUGAAGCUUUCUCUCUCUCUCUCUCUCUCUCUCUCUCUCUCUCAAUGGGACUCUGCUUCACCAAAUCCUGUGGACUCUGCUUCACCAAAUCCCGUGAAGUCCCAAUCUCCUCCUCCUCCGCCUCUGAGUCACCUACUGGUCAGUCCCGCCAAGUCUCGAAGACAACCCAAGAAUGGUAUGGCCCAAGCCCAAGCAAAGCAGCCUCAUCUAAAGCUCCUCCGCCAGGGACAGGGGACAUUCUCGGCAAACCGUACGUUGAUAUAAACUCUAUAUACGUUCUUGAAAAAGAACUGGGGAGGGGGCAGUUUGGGAUUACCUAUCUGUGUAAGGAAAAGGCAACGAACCUGAAAUACGCGUGCAAGUCCAUAGCCAGGCGGAAGCUUGUGAAUCAGAAGGACAUAGAGGACGUUAGGAGGGAGAUUCUGAUACUGCAGCACCUGACAGGGCAACCCAACAUUGUUGAAUUCAAGGGCGCUUAUGAGGACAGGCAGAAUCUGCAUUUGGUGAUGGAGUUGUGCUCCGGCGGCGAGCUAUUCGACCGCAUCAUCGCCAAGGGGGGCUACUCGGAGCGCGAGGCUGCGUCGAUUGGUAGGCAGAUUGUGAAUGUGGUUCACGCGUGCCAUUUCAUGGGGGUGAUGCAUAGGGACUUGAAGCCUGAGAAUUUCUUGAUGGUGAGCAAGGCUGACGACUCUCCAAUCAAAGCCACGGAUUUUGGACUCUCUGUCUUCAUUGAGGAAGGGAAAGUGUACAAGGAUAUUGUUGGAAGUGCAUACUAUGUGGCACCAGAGGUGUUGCGGCGGAGCUAUGGGAAGGAGAUGGACGUCUGGAGUGCUGGAGUCAUUUUGUACAUCCUUCUAAGUGGGGUCCCUCCUUUUUGGGCUGAGACCGAGAAAGCAAUAUUUGAGGCAAUUUUAGCUGGCAAACUUGACUUGAGCAGCUCACCAUGGCCAUCAAUAUCUCAAAGUGCAAAGGAUCUCGUCAGCAAAAUGUUAACGAUUGAACCUAAGAAACGGAUUACUGCUGCUGAGGCUCUUGAACAUCCAUGGUUGAAGGAAGAUGGUGAAGCAUCUGACAGACCUAUUGAUAGUGCCGUUCUAAUUAGGAUGAAGCAAUUCAGAGCAAUGAACAAGCUGAAAAAACUCGCUCUAAAGGUUAUCGCAGAGAACCUUUCAGAGGAAGAAAUCAAGGGCUUGAAACAGAUGUUCAACAACAUGGACACCGAUAAAAGCGGCACGAUCACAUUGGAAGAACUCAAAACUGGAUUGUCCAGGCUAGGAUCUAAGCUUAGUGAAAUAGAAAUUAAGCAGCUGAUGGAUGCUGCUGAUGUUGACAAGAGCGGGACUAUUGAUUACUAUGAAUUCAUUACUGCUACUAUGCAUCGGCACAAACUUGACAAGGAAGAAAAUUUGUUUAAGGCGUUUCAGUACUUUGACAAGGAUAAAAGCGGAUUUAUUACUAGAGAUGAACUAAGACUAGCUAUGGCUCAAUAUGGAAUGGGGGAUGAAGCUACUAUAGACGAAGUGAUUGAAGAUGUCGAUACCGAUAAAGACGGGAAAAUCAAUUACGACGAGUUUGUAGCCAUGAUGAGAAAGGGAACAACAUCAUAAUCAACAGAGAUGAGCUAAUUUUGCUUAUAUCAUGUACAAAAAUAAAACCCCCAAAGCUCUAUGGGGCAUGCCUUCUGCUAGAGGAUCAAUCUCCAAAGCCUCCCCAUGUUAUAUCAAUACAUGUUCCUCUUCCAAUGUCAAUAAACUCUUUACAAUACUCUUGUUAUAAAUACUCUCUUGUAAUGUAUAGUGUACUUAUAUUGUGUCUU